AGCUACAGCUACAGCAGCAGCAGCAGACGCAACAGCAGACGCAGCAGCAGCAGCAACAGCAGCCAAUCCCCGCAGCGGCGACUAAGGAAUACACAUACAGCAACUAUCGCGUUUUCGCUUGGAGUCGCAUAGAGCAGUUUGCCUGCUAUAAUAUCAAUAAUGUGAGCAGCAUGGAGCCCUCCAUUGUGACCAGAAUGCAGCAACUGAAUGUGGGUAAGAAGCGAGCGAUGUGCGUGCAGCGCUACGCUUGGCCACAUGUCGCCGCUGGACGUGCGCUGUGCGUGAUUGGCAACGAGCUGACCGGCAAGACGUGGUGCUAUCUGCCCGCGGCCUGUCAGCUGGUAAACAAGGAGGUGCUGCGCCGCAUGGACAACAGCAGCGACUACGGGCCCAGCUGUAUUAUAUUGUGCGCGAAUGUCGGUCAGGGCGAGCAUAUAGCAGACUCGUGUACGGCGCUGCUGGAUACGGCGGCCGUGAAAGUCGAGCGACUGGUGAAGCUAUUCGAUCGCAGCAUAGUGCAGGAGGUGGCGUUGCGUUUGAGAAGCGCCUGCGGCAUACUCUUGACUACGGUGGAGCUCUUGCUGCAGUUGUGCCAGCUGGAUACGAACAAGGCGCCCAUUUUUAAUCCGCUCGCCAUACGCUGUGUGGCCAUUGAUAAUCUGGAUAUUAUGUGGCGUUGCGAUAGGCUGGAUGUCAACAAGGCGGUGGAUUGGAUGCUUAAGCUGCUGCGCUUCGAGCAGCAGCACACACAGCUGAUUAUUGUCGGACGCUUGUAUGUGGAGUCGCUAAUGAAGCGACUGUUGCCACUGCUGCCCGAUCUACUGCUGCUGUUCGAGGAUGAGCUUGAGGCUAGCAUUUACAUAGGCAUCAAGCAGGAAUUGCUCAUCACCAGCGAGCAGCAACGUGAUGAGCAGUUGCUGCAGCUGCUUUUGUGCAAACAGCAGCUGGAACAGCAGCAACCACAACGUGUCGUGUUGACCUGCCAGACCAUUAAGAAUGCCGAAAUGCUGGGCCAGCUGCUGGCCAGCAGAGACAUCGAUAGCUACAACAUUAUGGAUUGUAAGAAUUAUGAGGACAUUAAGCUGUGGUCCAACUCGGAGCGUAAAUUUGUUGUGCUCAUUGUCAGCGAUGAGGCAGUGCCCAAACUGAAUGAUAUGCCGCCCAUAGAUUGCUUGAUACACUAUAAUUAUGCCGUCGGCUGGUCGCGCUUCAAGUCGCGCUUUCGCCUCUAUUAUGGCAAUUUUCGCUUGCAGCGGCAGUCCAGUGCCAUCAUUGCCGUUUGUGUAUCGGAUGUGGAUCCCAUUUGGUACAUUUGCGAUUUUAUGAUGAAACAUGAUCAGCUUGUGCCCGAACCCUGGUUGAAUCUCUUUACCAAUCAACGCACUGAGUCGGAGCAUGCCAAGCCACGCAUCGCUAAGUCCCUCUGUCGUCAGCUGCUUGCGUUUGGCAAUUGCUGUCGACGCUCCUGCCUGUAUCGCCAUAUUCUGUGGGAUUAUGAGACUGCAGCGCCUGCCAAUCAUCCCGGCCAAGGUGACAUACGCUUCUACGUGCUGUUUUGCCUGUCACCUGCCAGAUUUGCCAUUAGGCGCGUCAAAUAUGGAGUCUCAAGCUACUUUCACAACAUGCCCGUUACCAAGCUGGGCGAGCAAAUCCAGCUGCACUAUGAGCAGUCAGAGAAUCGCGUAUUGUUGAGCAAUCCACAGCCCGGCCAAUUGUGCAUUGCCAAGCUCAAUCAGCAAUAUCAACGUGUUUGCAUUACACAGGAGCAUAGCGAUGAUCGUGUUGAGAUCAAGCAGCUGGAUGCCGGCGUUGAUUUUCUCAUUGUCAACAGCAGCGACCUGAUGGUUUGCCAUGAUCGCUUUGUGGAGGAUGAGUUCGAGGCGAAUGAUCUGCGUAUUACUGGACUGACGCCUUUGAAUAUGGAGCGCAUCUGGCCAGAUGACGCAAAGCGGCUGGUGCGCAACAAGUUCUUUAAUCGUCCCACGGGCAAAGUCUUUCGUGUUUUUACUGCCAAGGUGGACUUUUGUUUUCAUGAAACCAUUUUCGUGGAAAACGUUUAUGAUGAAGCCGGCAAUGAUUUGAAGAGUCUUGUGCUCAAUAAUUUGGCAGCUCACAUGGACGAAAGUGUUAGGCCUCGUCUGCUGAAAACGGCAGCCGCGGCGAAGCCCUACGAAGAAGCAGCAGAGGGCUUUUUAGAAAAAUAAGCUGUAAGAACAAAACUAAACCAAAUUUAAGUCCAAAUAAUUUUUGCA